UUCUUCUCUUCUCUUCCCAACGUGGGCCCACCCUUCUCCGGUGGAAACUUUUCUUUUUCUUUUUUAUCUCUCUCUGACCUCUCUCUCCCCCUCUCUCCCUCACUUUCUCACUCUCUUCUCUCUGCAUAAACAGCCUCACCGACGACCUCGCCGCCGUGAUCUCUUCACUUCCGCCGCCUUUCCUUUCUAUUCUUAUUUUGGCCGGAAAAUGGCGAAUAUGUGUGCCGAUAGCGGCAAUCUUAUGGCGAUUGCUCAGCAAGUCAUGAAGCAGAAGCAGCUACAAGAGCAGCAACAGCAGCAGCACCCACAGCAGUCGCCUCAGCAGCUCACUGGACCCUGUACUUUCGGUCUCAACCCAUGGACUGCCUCGAACCAUUCUCUGUCCGGUGCGCCAGAUUUGGGGUUUGGGCUCUCCGGAGCUGGAUUUCCCGACCCGUUUCAGGUUCAGAGAGUAGUCGACGGUGGAGAUACGAGCUUUCAGUUUCCCAACUUGGAGCACCAUUCUUCUGCUUUCAGAUUUACCGAUUUCGACGGCGGCGCUGCGGCAGAGUUCGACUCCGAUGAGUGGAUGGACAGUCUAAUAGUCGGUGGAGAUUCAACGGAGAGCUCUAAUCUUCCUUCUGGUUGCGAAGCGUGGCAGUCUAAUUCGGAUUUUGCUUUCUAUGGUGCCGAUCCCUUUAUCCCCUGUCCCAGUCGCCUCACUAUUCCCUGUUCUUCACCCUCUGAUCUUAACAGAGUCAUUUUCCCUGAUCCUCCCAAAAGUCAAACCGCCGUUCAACCGCCGGUGGUCUCGUGGACGGGACUUACGUCGGCGACUCCACCGGCGGUCGUCAAGGACACUCAAGUUCCCAACCCUCCCCUUAUUGUUCACAAGAGUGAUGAUAACGGCGGUUCGUCGAGUUCUGCAAAGACUGAAUCGACUCCGCCGCUACUUAAAACCCUAAUUGAAUGUGCUCGACUCUCCGAAUCGGAGCCAGAUCGAGCGGCGCAAAUGUUGAUUCAGCUUAAGGAAUCGUCAUCGGAGCACGGAGAUCCGACGGAGAGAGUCGCCUUUUACUUUCUCGAAGCUCUGUGCCGGAGAUUGUCACUUCGAUCGGAGAAUUGUUUGGUUUCUUGCGAAUCCACUUCCGAUGAUUUCACUCUCUCUUAUAAAGCUCUGAACGACGCUUGCCCUUAUUCUAAAUUCGCACAUUUGACGGCGAAUCAAGCCAUUCUCGAGAUUACAGAGAACGCAAGCAGGAUUCACAUAAUCGACUUUGGGAUUUCACAGGGAGUUCAAUGGGCGGCUCUUCUUCAAGCUCUCGCAACCCGCUCUACCGGAAAACCAACAGGAAUUCGGAUCUCCGGCAUUCCGGCUCCGAUGCUCGGGAACUGUCCGGCGACGGCGCUGUUCGCAACAGGUAACCGACUGGCCGAGUUCGCGAAGCUUCUGGAACUAAACUUCGAAUUCGACCCAAUUCUGACUCCGAUCGAAGAACUGAACGAAUCGUCGUUCCGAAUCGAGUCGGAUGAAUCCCUGGCCGUGAAUUUCAUGCUUCAAUUAUACAACCUCCUCGACGAAACUCCUCGCGCCGUUCUCAACGUUUUGAAACUGGCAAAAUCGCUGAACCCUAAAAUCGUGACCCUCGGGGAAUACGAAGCCAGUCUAAACCGGGUCGGGUUCUUCACCCGGUUCAAUAACGCACUCAGAUAUUACUCUGCCAUGUUCGAAUCACUGGACCCAAAAUUACCUCGCGACUCAAACGAGAGGCUGCAACUGGAAAAGCUCGUGCUCGGGCGGCGAAUCGGCGGCGUGGUGGGACCGGAGUCGUCGUCGUCGACGGGGGCGGCGGCGGCGGCGGGGGGAGGCAAAACGGAACGAAUGGAAGAGAAAGAAGAGUGGAAAAUGUUAAUGGAAAACAGCGGAUUUGAAGCAGUAAAUCUGAGCCAUUACGCGAGAAGCCAAGCUAAAAUCCUUUUAUGGAAGUACGAUUACAGCUCUGAGUAUUGUCUGAUGGAAUCCUCAGCUGGGUUCCUGUCGUUGGCAUGGAAGGAUGUCCCGAUCAUUACAGUUUCUUCAUGGCGUUGAAAGCAACAGGUACCGUAAUUCGUUUAUUACAUGAUAUUAUAAAAUGUAAUUUCUUUUUUCCGUGCUGUAAAAAAAUGAUCUCAAGAUAUUUUAAUAAUCACAUACCGCCAUUGACGAUCAUAUCAAAAAUCACGGGAGUUUCAGAAAUUAA